AAAUUUCGCAUGACACAAUCGGCGAUUAAUAUCCUUCGUCAUCGUUCAUAACAUUAUAAUUAUAUGCAUGUAUAUAUAUAUAUACAACAUAUAUAUAUAUAUAUUUUUUUCGGAAAGAUAGAGAGAUAAUAGAGGUUAAAACAAUCGCAAAUAUAGAAACGGAAGUAAUUAACGUUCCUUCGUAUUCUCUCUCCUCGUUGCUUCGUUCAUUCGUAGAUCAGCUCGUAUUUAUUUUUUAAUUUCCUUAUUGUAGCGAGGAAAUUAUUCAAUUUCAUUGUUCUUUAUUAAGUAUCAUGGAAAUCCAAUAAAAAAAACGGAGAAAGCUAGUGAUACUUUUAGCGAAAUGUGUCUAUAGUGUCAAUAUAUAUGUAUCGUAAUGUUGUGACACAUCACAAGCAAGGAUACAUUGUUCAAAAUGCCAGCGAUUUGGUCCGGACGACCUGGUUGGCUAGGAAAGUUUGGGAUAGCAUUACUGAUGAUAUGGUUUAUAGUAUUAAUUAUAUCCAUUGUGCAUAUAUUCAAAUCCAAUUCCCUGUCAAAUCGAGAUGCCAGUACUGCCAAUAAAGAGAAUACACAACGCUUAGCACAAAUGGUUAGCGACUUUGAAGUUCUGAAGAAGCAAAACGAUGCGUUAAAGAACUUCAUUUUAGGAGAAGGACCAAAAUCUAUACAGGGUGAUCACUUAGGAGCCAUACAAGAUAAGUUGGGGAAGGCGUCAGCUUAUUAUGAUCUGAUAGAGCAUCAGGAUGGAUCGCAGCACGGCAUUCCUUCCUUGGAACACGAAGAAAUGCGACGACGAUUGAGAAAUGAUAUUCAGGAGACGUGGUAUUAUAUAAGCGCCGAAUUAAACAAAUUUAAAAAGCACAUUGAUGAAUUUACAUAUGAUCAGAGGGAGAAAGAGAUACAAGAUGUGCUGAAAAAUGUAUGGGAUCACAAAAAAUCACUUAUAAUGAAUAUCGAUAAACUUAAGAAAGUAGAUGGUUAUGAAGAGUGGCGGGAAAGGGAAGCAAAAGAUUUAUCUGAUCUUGUUCAGAGAAGAUUUAGAUAUCUGCAAAAUCCUACCGAUUGUAAUAAAGCAAGGAAAUUGAUAUGUAGUAUAAAUAAAGGAUGCGGCUUUGGCUGCCAGGUUCAUCACAUUACGUACUGCUUUCUAGUAGCUUAUGGUACAGAAAGGACACUGAUAUUAAAAUCCAAAGGCUGGAGGUAUCAGAAGGGCGGCUGGGAAUCUGUAUUUAAACCUCUCAGCGAUACUUGCUUAUCUACAACAGGUGUUUCGCAUUCCAAUUGGCCUGGUGAUCCCUCUAAGCAAGUAAUAUCUUUGCCGAUAGUGGAUAAUGUUUAUCCAAAACCAAGGUUCCAGCCACCCAGCGUACCUGCAGACCUAGCGCCAAGAUUAGAGAAGAUUCAUGGUCAUCCCUUAGUCUGGUGGGUGGGACAAGUAUUGAAAUAUCUGAUGCGACCUCAGGAUCAGAUGAAACGAACGCUGGAGAAAACGAAAGAGAGACUCGGCUUCAAGAAACCUAUCGUCGGCAUUCACGUACGCAGGACGGAUAAAGUCGGCACGGAGGCAGCUUAUCACGACAUAGAUGAAUACAUGACUAAAGUGGAGCAGUAUUUCGACGAGCUUGAGACCAAGCCGGACGUAAAGAGGGUUUUCAUAGCUAGCGAUGAUCCGAAAGUGAUAACGACUGCUAAAAAGCGUUAUGCGAAUUACGAGAUAAUAGGUGAUCCGGAGAUUGCCGAAACGGCGUCUGUAGCGAAGCGAUAUUCGGAUGCCUCGUUGCAGGGAAUCAUUAUCGACAUUCAUCUCCUGUCCGAGUGCGACUACUUGGUGUGCACGUUCAGUUCUCAAGUGUGUCGCGUCGCGUACGAGUUGAUGCAAACCUUCUACGUGGACGCGUACGAUAGAUUCACGUCCCUCGACGAUAUAUAUUACUACGGGGGACAAAAUCCGCAUCCCCACGUAGCUAUUUUGGAUCACAAACCAAGGAAGAGUGGCGAGCUGGAAUUGAAGGCCGGAGACCUGAUCGAGGUCUUCGGUAAUCAUUGGGACGGUUUCUCUAAGGGAUACAACACUAGAACUAGUAUGACAGGAUUGUUUCCUAGUUUUAAAGUUAAAAAUCCCGUUGACGCCGUAGAUUUUCCAAAAUAUUCCAAUGUUCCUCUGCUGGAAGGUAAAGCCGAUUAAAUCGGAAUUGUAAAGCCGACAAUUCUCUCUCUGUUUAUAUAGAAGAUGGAGAGAAUUAUCAGAGCUUCGACGAAUCAUUAUUUCUCUUCAAAUCAAAUUUUUAUGAUGUUAGGAAAAAUAAUAUGGCACGGUGUAUAUAUAUUUUGCUACUUGUAAAUGACAAUUUUAAUGCUUGUAAAUUCCUACAAAUGUCCAUGACUUGUCAAAUAGGAAUCUAAUGUAUCACAAUUACAUAAUCAUGUUUAAUUUUAAAAAAAAUUGCAAAUAUAAUUUAUAUUGAAUAAUAUAAUAGAAGUUUUCAAAACACAAUUGUGAUUUUUUACAUAUGAAAUCGUAAUAGUAAUAAUAAUAAUAAUAAUAAUUAGUUGAUACUUUAUGCAGCUAUAGAAGUGCAAUUAGGAUUAAACUCACAAUUGCAAAUAUGUAGUAAUACAAUACAGAUACAAUAUUUGUAAGAUUUUGAUAUAUUUUCAUUGAAGUUACGAAGUGGUCGUUGAUUUGAUGAGAGAUUUAAUUAAAGAGAGGAAUAAUUAUAUGCCGAAUCAUUAUAUUUUGAAUUAUAAUGACUCGAAAUACAGUAUUUCGAUAUUCUUAAUAAUCGAUAAGCUGUAUUCCUUCUGUAUUAUGUACAUAAUAUAGAAACAAUGGACUGAGAAAAGGAUUUCUUACCGCGCGUACUGAAGUAUCCAACAUUUGUGCCAAUCAAUCAUUGAAAAGUGUUGAUGAGUUACAAUUUUGCGAUUUCACUGGAAAAUACGUAAAGAAGAUACAAUCACAACUUUCUAUUCUCGUUUACUGCGGACUCAUCGUGUUUUGUAAAUAAGUUUGCCAAAAUUUCGAGAGACAUUGCUUCAGCAAUCAAUAAUAUACAUAUUUUAAUAAUCCUUGACUAACAACUCAAUGUUCACAGCGUACAAAAUUGUAUAAUAUAUAAUUUACAUAUUCAUCAUAUUUGAACAUUUCUAAAAUUUAAUCUAUUAUGCAUGAUUUAUGUAAAUUAUGUUCAUUAUAUAAUAUAUAUAAUAAAUGCACGUGCGAACAUCGAGCUAGGCUUGGGCCUAUCUUAAAUACAUGGAAAUUUUCCUUGUGUAUAUAUACAUAUUGUAAUAUAUUUUAUACGCGAAACACGAGCGAGAAUUGUUAUUAUAAGAUUUGAAUUUGAUUUUGACUAAUAAAGACUUAAUUCAUAAAACACA